GCAACAGCCAACGACAUCGAUCUCCAACUUCAAUUUUCCUCCACCUUGCCAGAGGUCCUCCUCCCGGAGAUUCGUCCUUUCGCCCGGCCUCAAUAAACUGCCACCGCCUCUCUAGAGUCUCCACGUCCGGCCUUCCCUCCGACACUCCCGCGUUUUGGCAGUCUGCAAUGGACCCCGCUCCGAGUCUAUCUUUCAGAAUCAGGCAGUUGGACGUUCCGAUUCUGGACGUGGCCAAGUGGGCAAAGUGGUGGUACACUUACGUGGCACUCAACUUCUGCCUCCUCCUUCUCGCAGUCGUUUUCCAUUGGGUGGAACCUGCUGACAGGAGCGAGGAGGAUGAGAUCCCAGAUGAAGAGUCAAAGUUAUUGAUUGUCCAGGCCUGGAGGGCGGACACGGAGGGUGAGCUUCUGGGGAUCUUGUUUGGGGAAGUACGUGACGGCCACUUGGAUUCGAUCACAAACAAAGUGCUGGUGUUCUUGACCCAACUGCGGGACGACCUACCUUUGGAGAUCCUCUCGCGCUGCGAUGAAACGCCCGGGACUGCCACACUUGCCUGUACCUGGAUCCCCCAUCUCCUGUGGUCUACGUGCACGGAGCUGGACGGGGAUCCUUGCUAUUAUCCCUCCGAAGGCGCUUACCUGGUCAUCAACGUCACUAAUCUCUCCUUCUGGGAUCCUCUCAUCCGACGAGUGAAUGUAGGAGAAACCAGCGAGGAAGCCGGAGAGGAGGAAGGGGAAGUAGUUGAGGAAGAGAUCGAGGAGGACGAUCAUCUUCAGUACACGGAAGGAGAGGAAACGCCAGAGGAGGAAGAAUCGGAGGCUGAAUCGGACGAUUCCGAUUAUCACGAAUCGGAGGACGCCGAGUUGGAAGAGGUCAUCUCGGAGCGGGAGGAAUCGGAAGAAGAAGGCGGAUCGGGUGAGUCGAGUGGUCCUGACGAACUAAGCAAGGAAGAGAAAGAGGUCGUGGCACAGAGAAGACGGGCAGCGACAGAAGGCAAGCGGGCGAUCGAGGAAUGAGGAGGGCCACCGCCGCAAUUGCUACAGGGGGAUCCGACGCUCAAUCCGGAAUGGCCACAAGAAGAGGCUGAGAGAAAUGGAAGCGCCACGGCAGAGGGAUCAGGAAGCCGGCGCCGCCGGACAAAUGAAUCCAUGGCCCAAUC